AUGCGAGCGCAUCCCUUCUCCUCAUCUUCACCAUCACCACCCCACCCCACCCAUCAGGCAUCCUUCCAUCGCCUCUUUGUAUGCCGUACCGCCCGCAGGCACACCCUCAAUCUCUCCGCCUCACCUUCUCGAGCGCCACAGCCGCGAUCAAGCAUGGCCGUACCAACGAUCGGUUACAUAUCCAUCUGCAGCGGCGACCCGGCCGCCCACGCCGCCGCCCAGGCAUCGUUUGAGGCUACGGAAGCGCAGUUGCGCAAGAUCGCCGCCGAUUACGGCCUUGCCCCCGACCUCGACAAGCUCGACGAAGAAGGCCGAGAGAUUUUGGCCGGCUCAGAUCCAAAUCUAAAGUGCACAUUCACUGCCCCGCCGCCUCAUCGGGCGGGGCGAGUAUACAUACACCUGCUUCCCUCGGAUGGGCUCAAGAGGACGCGGUCCAACUUCACCGCACUCCUGACCGGAUCUAAGGGAGCGUGCAAGGCGGAUCGCAGCAAGAGGCUACACUACCUCGGCACACCCUUCCACCGCGUCGAGACGGACUUUGUGGUCCAGGGCGGCGACGUGACGAGGGGCGACGGGAGCGGCGGUGAGGCUGUGCAUGCCGGAGGGUCAUUCAAGGUCGAAGUCGAGGGGCUGAAGACGGUCGCGUCCUACGGCAGCCUGGCCAUGGCUGCUAGUCGCAAGGACGUCAAUACGUCGCAAUUCUUCUUCCUGCUGACCGAUGCGCCAUCACAAUUGGCAAAGGUCCAGGGCAAGUACAGCGUGUUUGGACAAGCGCUCGUCUCGUCCCAACACCUCCUCAAUCCCGGUCUGGCGGACGUUCUCCGCUCCCACAGUCUCGACCCAGAUCAGGUCAUCCGCGAAGGCGAGGCGGUAUUCCGACGGUUCAAGCAUCUGGCUUCUCCCGAUGGCAGGCCGAGGGAGAGGGUCUGGAUCGACGAGUGCGGUAUCCUCUGA